UUCAUUUGUCGUUUGGGUUUUCCCAUUCGAUGAGUUACGCAUGUAAUCUUCAUUUUUUUUUCCCGAAUUCAAUCCCUUUCCUAAGGCAAAAGAACAACCAGGAUUAGAAUUAGCACACUUUGGUCAAAGCAACUCCGAGAGGUUUGAUAUAAUCUGGAGGAGGUGAUGCUGUCGAUGAGGUUCCGGUUCGUCAUUAAAUUUGUCCCUGUAGGCUGCUUUCCCAUCCGAAAAUGGCAGACGCAAAGCCUGGUUUGAGAAAGCCGGCUUUCACAAAGAUCGAAAGGCUAAGGCCAGGGACUAAUGGACAUACUCUCACGGUGAAGGUUGUCAGCGUGAAGAUGGUACUGCCGAAAGGUCGAGCUGAUGGCUCUCAGGUUCGCCAGAUGCGCAUUGCCGAAUGCCUUCUCGGAGAUGAGACUGGACUUGUCAUCUUUACUGCUAGAAAUGGCCAAGUGGACCUAAUGAAGGAAGGGAGCACUGUGAUUCUACGCAAUGCGAAAAUUGAAAUGUUCAAAGGAUCGAUGAGGGUAGCCGUAGACAAGUGGGGCCGUGUUGAGGUAACCGAACCUGCGAGCUUCGCUGUGAAAGAAGACAACAAUCUAUCCCUCGUCGAGUAUGAGCUCGUUAACGUAGUUGAAGAGUGACACCCCCCGGGCCCUUUCCCCUGGCUAUAUGAUCGAACUCCGGUCGAGAAUAAAAUGAAAAGUGAGGAACCUACAUCGAUCCUGCCUCGGCACAAUAAGAGCAGAACCAAAGUUCAUCUUAGAAAGCUUAAGAUUGACGCCAACGAUGUAAGGAAAAGGCUUAUAUGUGGUUUAAUAUGCGCUGUUUUGGCACAACAUCCAUCCUAUCGUGUUCCUCUUUGAACACGUUCUUGCUUAUCAGUGCAUUGAGGCAGUGGAUCCACUUCUA